AUGGAGGAGUCCAGCUCUCAGAAGUUGGUGUGGGACGGAGACGCCAAAGCGGUGCAGCAGUGUCUCACCGACAUCUUCACCAGCGUCUUCACGACCUGCGACAUCCCAGAGAACGCCAUCUUCGGGCCUUGCGUGCUGAGCCACACGUCGCUGUACGACAGCAUCGCCUUCAUCGCGCUCAAGUCCACCGACAAACGCACAGCACCUUACAUCUUCAGGGUUGACACCUCAGCGGCCAACAGCACCUCCGAGGGCCUGAUGUGGCUGCGGCUGGUCCAGUCGGCCCGGGACAAGGAGGAGCAGAACCUGGAGGCCUACGUGAAGAACGGCCAGCUCUUCUACCGCUCCCUCCGCCGGAUCGAGAAGGACGAGGAGCUGCUGGUGUGGUACGGCAAAGACCUGGUGGACCUGCUGCUGCUCAGCUCCAGCCGAGCGCCGGCCAAGAGCAAAGGUUCGUCCCACUACUCGUGUCCGGACUGCAGCCAGCGCUUCCAGUUCGAGUUUCCCUUCCUGGCCCAUCUCCGGUUCCGCUGCACCAAGAGACUGCAGAGCAUCACGGGCGCCGACGAGGAGCCGAGCAAGGAGAGGAGCGCCGAGCGACCCAACACGACCCCGACCAGGUCCAGCCCCAAGCUGGGGCGCUCGGAGGGCUUCGGCAGCCCCCAGGACAGCAGCAAACCCUCCACAGACUUUCACAACCUGGCCCGGGAUCUAGAGAACAACCGGACCAGCCCUCCGAGCGACAAGGAGGCCGAGAUCUGCAGCGAGAGCUCGGGGAAGAGGAAGUUCUCGGAGAUCGAGGAGUGCCGAGCGCCCAGCCUUACACAGACCAAAUCGAAAGACGAGCUUGCGACGUCUGCACAGAACUACCGAGGCGUGUACGGCCUGGAGGAUAACCGCAGGCCAAGCUUCUCGCCGCCGGGCUCCACAGGAAGCGGGGAGGUCAAACGCAGCGCCUUCACCGAGGUCAAGAAGAACGCCAAGCAUCACAGCGGCAGCAAAAACCUCCAGACCUCCAACGCUGAAAACAAAGAUGGCGGCCGUCCCAGCAGCAACCCGUCGGAGAAGCACCUCAACAUCCGGCAGGUGCUGUCGGAGACGCAGCCCGCCCAGACCUCGCCCAUGGGCAGCGCCUUCACCUCCGUCAGCCAGCAGGGGGGCGGCAGCGGCGAGAGGAAGAGCGCCUUCAGUCAGCCAUCGCGUCUCUCCUUCUCCCAGAUCUCACCGCUGGUGAUGCCGCCCAAGCUGCUGGACUGCCACCCAGCGGUGGGCGACACCAUCUCCUCCUCCAGACUCUACCAGGCCGACCACCUCGCUGCCAAGCUGCAGGGGGCGGAGCUGGGCGCCAACUGCCCCGUGCCGGGCGGCAUGGCCAAGCAGAACCCGUUUGUCUACACCACCGCCUUCUGGCCCAAGAGCUCCGGACCUAUCCAGAUCCAGAUGCCCUCGGCGCUCACCCUCCUGCCGCCCUCCUUCACCUCCCUCUGCCUGCCGGCGCAGAACUGGUGCGCCAAGUGCAACGCCUCCUUCCGCAUGACCUCGGACUUGGUUUACCACAUGAGGUCCCACCACAAAAAGGAGUUCGCCAUGGAGCCUCUGGUCAAGCGGCGGCGCGAGGAGAAACUCAAGUGCCCCAUUUGCAACGAGUCCUUCCGGGAGCGCCAUCACCUGUCACGUCACAUGACCUCCCACAACUGA